AUGAGCGCUUGUGAUGAAAUCAUGUAUCACUGUACACUUUAGCCCGUUAUCUGUAAAGAGACUGAUGGGCACCGUUUUAAUACAGUAUAAGUAACGUAUUGAAGCACAUAAAUAAUAAUUUAAAUUCUAGUGCUUACAAUAGAUACAAUUUAAUGAAUGGAUCUCUUAAGCUAGCGGGAUAGCUCUAGUUGCUAGCCUGUUAGCAAUUCGGUGAGUUCAACUACCUUGGCGGACGAAGCACAACUUCCUGUAGGCGUGAGAAUCACGACAGACCGCGGUCUUGCGGGCCUCGUCGGGGCUUGUAUUUCCCUUGUAACCAGCUGCGUUGGUAAACUGCAGAAUGGCAGACAGUGCCAGUCUUCAGUUUGUGAGUCUGUAUGCCUUUGAGGCCAUGCAAAAGGUAGAUGUGGCCAGGCUGGCAGCAUUGAGUGACCCAGAGGUGAGGAUUCUGCUGCCCUGUCUGGUGAGGAUGGCUCUCUGUGCCCCUGCGGAUCAAAGCAAUGCCUGGUCACAAGACAAGAAACUCAUCCUGCGACUGCUGUCUGGGGUGGAGGCGGUGAAUUCCAUUGUAGCGCUGCUGUCUGUGGACUUCCAUGCUUUGGAACAGGAUGCUAGAAAAGAGCAGCAGCUUAGGCAUAAGGCUGGAGGCUCUAACAGCGAGAGCAUCCUGGUGUCCCAGCUUCAGCAUGGCUUGACUCUGGAGUUUGAGCAUAGUGAUCCUCUCAGGAGACUCAGGCUGGCUCUCAGUGAACUGCUGACCAUCAUGAACAAGGUGGCUGAUUCUAAUGGGGAGUUUUUCCUGAAGUCUUCUGAGCUGUUUGAGUGUCCGUUGUAUUUGGAGGAAGUGGCCGAUGUUCUCUGCAUUUUACAAGCAGAGCUGCCGUCUUUGCUGCCCAUCAUAGAUGUUGCUGAGGCCCUGCUUCACUUGAGGAAUGGAGAUUGGUUCUUGUGUCUACUGGUGGCAAAUGUCCCAGACAGCUUUAAUGAAGUGUGCAGGAGUUUGAUAAAGAAUGGAGAACGGCAGGAUGAGGAGAGCGUGGGUGGCAGACGCAGGACAGAAGCUCUCAGGCAGCUGUGUCAGAUGAACCCCUCUCAGGCUCUGAACAUCAGGGCCAUGGCGGUGGAGGAGUGUCACUUGCCAGGUCUGGGUGUUGCACUCACACUAGACUAUAAGCCAGACAUUGCAGAUGAGGUGGUCAGUCCUCUGGUGUCUUAUGUUAGCGGCCUACUCCUGGGCACCAAUGGAAAAGUGCGCACCUGGUUCAGUAUGUUCAUUCGGAAUGGUCAGCAGAGGAAACGAGAGAGCUGCUCUGUGCUGUGGCAAAUGCGAAGGCAGCUACUGUUGGAGUUGGUGGCCAUCUUACCUCGCUCCCGCAGCACCCACGUUCCCAACGACAGUGACAUGGAAACGGAGAGCAGCUCAGGGUAUUCUGGUCUGCGGGAGGAGCAUGUGGUGAAGGCCAGCGUGCUGCUACGACUCUAUUGCGCGCUCAUGGGCAUCGCUGGGCUCAGACCCACAGAUGAAGAGGCAGAGCAGCUGUUACAGUUGAUGACCAGCCGUCCGCCAGCCACGCCUGCGGGUGUGCGCUUUGUCUCUCUGUCCUUCUGCAAACUGCUGGCAUUCCCCACACUCGUCAGUACUCCAGAACAGGAGCAGCUGAUGGUAAUGUGGCUCAGCUGGAUGAUUAAAGAGGAGGAGUAUUUUGAGAGUGCCGCCGGUGUCUCUGCUUCUUUUGGAGAGAUGCUAUUACUGGUUGCCAUGUAUUUCCAUAGCAACCAGCUCAGUGCCAUCAUCGAGCUGGUUUGCUCUACCCUGGGGAUGAAGAUCGCCAUUAAAUCCAGCUCGCUGAGCAAAAUGAAGACCAUUUUUACCCAGGAAAUCUUCACGGAACAGGUGGUCACUGCGCAUGCGGUGAGAGUGGCAGUUACCAACAACCUCAGUGCCAACAUCACAGGUUUCCUCCCCAUCCACUGUAUAUACCAGCUUCUGAGGAGCAGAGCCUUCACCAAACACAAAGUGUCCAUAAAGGAUUGGAUCUUCAGACAGCUGUGUGAGACGACAACUCCGCUCCACACUCAGCUUCUUCCAUUAAUCGAUGCAUACAUUAACUCCAUCCUGACCCCUGCUUCCAAGACCAACCCUGAGGCCACCAACCAGCCAAUCACAGAGCAGGAAAUCCUUAAUGUGUUCCAGGGCUUUGCAGGGGGAGAUGGAGGGAAGGUUCGGUCUCAGUACACCAUCACCACUCAAUUGCUGAUUCUCUACUAUAUCUUGUCCUAUGAGGAAGCUCUGCUUGCUAAUACAAAGACUUUGGCACUGAUGAAGAAGAAGCCUAAAUCAUACUCACCAGCCCUCAUGGACCAGAUCCCCAUCAAACACCUCAUCCGCCAGGCACAGAGUCUGCAGCAGGAGCUGGGAGGCCUUCACUCUGCUCUGCUGCGUCUGCUGGCCACAAACUACCCUCACCUUUGUUUGGUGGAGGAUUGGAUCAGUGAAGAGGAAGUAACCGGCACUCUGCCCUUACUGAGGAAGAUGUUGCUAACCUCCUCAUCCUGUAAAUACUCACAGACACAGUUACGAGAAGCAUUCCAGAACAUAAUCUCUGGUGGUCCCAGACUACUGCGUAUCCUGGAACACCUGACACUACUGACUGCAGGAGAUCAGAUCCCAUACGCAGAGGCACUCACUAGCAGCAUGGGGCUGCUGUUAGAAGACGGUGUCUCUCGUAGGGUCCUACAGACUGUUAAUAAACUCUGGAUGGUACUUAAUACAGUCAUGCCACGCAGGCUGUGGGUGAUGACAGUAAAUGCUCUGCAGCCCUCAGUAAAGCUCCUCCGGCAGCAGCGAUACACUCAGAAUGAUCUGAUGGUAGAUCCUCUCAUUGUUCUGCGGUGUGACCCCAGAGUCUUCAGAUGUCCUCCUCUCAUGGACAUCACUGUUCAUAUGCUGAAUGGAUAUCUGCUGGCAUCUAAGGCCUAUCUUAAUGCUCACCUGAAGGAGACAGCUGAAUUUGAGCGACAGGCUCAGACCAUCUCAAACCUUGGGCUCAGCGGCCAAUCUGAUGCUCCAGAGGUCACCAGAGAGGAGCUGAAGAGCGCUCUACUGGCUGCUCAGGACAGUGCAGCUGUACAGAUCCUGCUGGAGGUGUGUUUACCAUCCCCACAAGAGGAACUGCAGCUGGGAGGAGGUAGAGGAAUAGACAGCCUGUUGAGGAGUGUUCAGUUGGCUCCUGGUAUUCCCAUAUGGAAGCAGGUGGGAGACGAAGGGGCUGGGCGAGAGGCCCAGGGGGAGCACGAUACUGAGGGCAGACUGCUCAGUGACCUGAGGGAGGUACAGUGUCUCAUCUGCUGUCUGCUGCACCAAAUGUUCAUUGCAGACCCCAACAUCGCCAAACUAGUGCACUUCCAGGGUUAUCCGCAGGCUCUGCUCCCUUUGACAGUUGCAGGAAUUCCUUCCAUGCACAUCUGUCUAGAUUUUAUCCCAGAACUCCUAGCCCAGCCGCAGCUGGAGAAACAGAUCUUUGCCAUACAGCUGUUGUCCCAUCUGUGCACCCUGUAUGCACUGCCCAAAUCAUUGAGUGUGGCACGACUUGCCAUUAGUGUGAUGGGUACUCUCCUCACAGUACUGACCCGUGCCAAGCGUUUUACAUUUUUCAUGCCGACUCUGCCAUGCCUGGUUUCCUUCUGCAAGGCUUUCCCUCCUGUCUUUGAUGAUGUCAUGUCCCUGCUGGUGCAAGUGGGACAGGUGUCUGCUGCUGAUGUCACCACCAAGGCCAGAGACAUUGACCCUCUCAUCGGCCGGCUCCAGUAUCUGAAAGAGAAGCCACAGGAAAUACCGCCAUCAGAAUCCAAACUCUCUCUGCCCAAGAGAUCUGCAGAUGAGCUGGGUGGAGCCGACCCUGAUGUACAACUGUGCUAUCAGAUAGAGGCCACCUUCAUGGAGAUCAUCAGCUCGAGCACACAGGCACUGUGAACGCCAAAACAGACAAAUAGAAAAAUAGGACACGUGUCCCAGUGGUACUAUGGACAAGUCUGAAUGGAUAGGGUUAGGUUUAAAUGGGUUUUGAAUGUUCCCAUAUAAAUAUUAAAGAGAGAGUUCACCCCAAAAUUAAAAUUGUGUCAACAUUUACUCACCCUGUUGUUCCAAAACUGCAUGACUUUCUUUAUUUGCUGGAGAAUGUUAGAGACUGACAGCCUCACUCACCAUUCACAUUUAUUCCAUUUUUUUUUUUUUUUUAAAGAAAACAUGUAGGUUUGGAACAACAUGAGGGUGAGUAAAUGAUGACAUAUUUUUUUUUUUUUUUUUUUUUGGGCUAUUCCUUUAAGGACUCUGGGUCACAGAAAUGUAACAAAACAUUACAUUGAUAGGAAAGGAGUUGGAGAUGUUAGUGAUGGGGCCAAUUCAGUUGAAUUCUCCAAGCUAAUGCUCCAACAACUCCAAGCCUAUACCACAAUAGCUCUUUGAUGAACUUUGGAAUAUGUUUACUGUACUUCUAUUUAAAUGGUCAAAAUCUUGGACUACCAUUUUUAAAGACAAAGGAAAAAUGGACUGAAAAAUUUUGUGAGGACGCAGACUGGACUCCAUAUCCCGUUGCCAGUGAAAACCCCCAUGUCUCUAUUCUCUGUAUUGGACACAAAAUGACCAUUGAUUUCCAGGAAACGUCUUUUGAGUGUAAAGUGAAUUGUGCGCAUCAUUCUCCGGCCAGUCCUUGGCUUAAUUCAGGUCACGAUGCAGAUGUAGUUGACAUUUUCGAAACGGAGUGUUUACUCGCUAGUUAAGUGUGUAUAUUCGAGUGUGCGAUGUGUGUCCAGGGCUCUUAGCAGUGAAAUUAUCGGUCUGUUUUCUAGACCAGCAUUUAAGAGUACUUUUCAAGUAUAAUGUCUCGGCUUAUUUUUGAACACCUUGGAUUUGUAUACACAUCAGGCUUAUAUUUUUAACAUUUAUAUUAAAAUAAAUUCUCACUUUUGAUCAGAAGAUAAAAUAUUUAUUCAGUAUAGACAAACAAAUAAUCAAGAAGGGAGCAGGCAAUGUAGCUGGUGUAAAAUAAACUCAUUUUACAGAUUUUAGGCUGCCAAAACAUAACUACAAGUAACAAAAGUACCAACAACGCAUCUAAUUAUUUUUGUAGUAUUUUCUUUCAUUGCUAGUAUGAGCAUUACAUUCAUCCCAUAGUAGUUAAGGGUGAACUUAAUACUGAUUAUUGGAAGAAUAUACACCUAAUUAGCUAAAUGAUUAGGCUUUACCUUUAGAGUUUACGCUAUUACACAUGAGCCGUUUAAUAGUUUUGAAAUCUUUUUAAUCACCUGCGAGGAAUGUUACAUUCAUAUAACAUAACAUAUAAAGUACAUUUCUAUGCAUAAAUACUGUAUGUACAUAACAUAUCUUUCAAAUCCAUAUGGGGGCGCCCUUGUCACAUGGAAAAGAUCACAUUCUGGCUGACCUGUAACAGAGCAUGCAGUACAGAUGGAAAUGCUUAUGUAUUUUCAAUUAUAAGAUCAAUGACUGGCAUGCAACAAAUAACUCCUAACUCACAUGCUCCUUUAGUCAGAUUUAUUGGCAAUCAGACCAGGUCAUGCAAAGAUUUGAAGUUGGCCCACAAUACUUGACGUCAAAGAAGAUAAAUCUGGUAAAUACAGAAAUGUUCAUUUUAGACUCUUCAGCUGGUCUCAACUUUGUGAUAUUCUAAAAAUGACCCGUACUAGCUUUGUUUAAGGUGGUUUGCCUCUUUAUUAGGCACGCACAAUGGAGAUGGAGAAUGCAAUCAGGAUAUGUUGCAGGCGGGACUCAAACCUGCAUCACCUACAUGAGCCUAUUUAAAAUAAUAUAAAUAAAAAUGAUCAUAUACAUCUUCUUUUUUUUUUUAUGAACCCCAACUCUC